AUGAAGUGCCUGCGGCGUACCGCGCCAGAGGCGAUCCUGGGAAUGCUUGCGCAGGCCGCGUCCUCGCUGACUUUUGCGGGUGUGGUUGUGGUCAGCGAUUGGCUGGAGCAUCAAGGCUGGCCUGCCUUUGCCAUGCUCGGCGUCGCCUGCGUCAUCAUGACAUUGGGUUUGCUGGUGCAGCUGUGCAGCCAAAGCCAAGUGCAGUGGCCGACCUCCUCCAGCCAGAAGGUUUGGCUCUUUGCUCGUGGCUUUUCCAGCGUCUUCUCCCUGGGAGGCUUCGUUGUGGCCACGGUCUUCGGCUGCCCCGCUGGUGAUGCCUUGGUGAUGGGGAGCACCAACGUGUUAGCAUCGGCUGUGGCCGGAUGUUUGCUGUUCGGGGAAGCUUUCGGCAAAUGGAAGGUUGCUGCCGUGCUUGCCACUAUGGCUGGGGCGGUCCUCGUCGCGAAACCAGAGUUUCUCUUCACCAGUGUCAAGGAUCAGCCCUACCUUGGCUACUUUUUUGCUUCGGUGGGCGGCUUGGGACUGAGUGGUCUCAUCGUCUGCUGCAGAAAGCUUGGGAAGGAGGUGUCACCCCUGGUCUCCAGCCUUUCUGCUAGCGCCCAGCGUGGUGCCAUGACCCUGCUGCUGGCAGCCCUGCCUUUGUGGAACCGGGACCUUGCCACCUCGGUGGAGAUUCUCGGCCAUCAUCCAGGCCUCGCCGCGCUCUGGGUGCUUAUCUUGGUAGUCCUCGUUGCCAUGCAGACGGUUCUCGUCAGCGUCGGUUCGGCCAUGGCGCCGGCAAGUACCAGUGGAGUGAUCGUCACAUGCUGCGACAUUCUUUUUGGCUACGUAGGCCAAAUCGUGGUAAUGGGCAUCAUGCCUGAUGGAGUGACGCUGGCAGGAGUGGCACUGAUACUGGGCUCUGUUUACAUGGUCACCAUGGACACCGUCUCGGCCGGGACCAGGAUGGAGGCAGGAACCAGCACUGAAGAGGCUUGCAGCAAGAGCGAUAUUAACAUUCCUGGCAUGAAGGAUGAGGAUUCCUCGCCGAAGAAAAAAGCUUCUCAACACGCUUGCUGCAGUCACUGGCUGGCCUGGUGGGUGCAACUUUUCUAA